AUGAAGUUGUCCUUAAUUUUCCUGGCAGUCGCCUCACUUGCGGUGGGACUUACGGCUGCACAAUCUGCCGACCCUCGUCCCGGUGGUCCUCGGCCACGCCCAGGCCCCCCACCACCAUCACCACCGCACACACAAGACGAUUCCGACAGCGAUGUUAGCAGCAGUAGUUCUUCAUCUUCUGAGAGCAGUGCCGAUAGUGAUUCCUCUUCUUCAGACGAUUCCGAGCCGGAAAAGGUCGAUAUAGGCCUUUUCAGACCUUCCCCCCGAGAUCAUUGGUGGACGAACCCAAGGUUUCCACCGAUCAGCCCACCGUGGCGUCCUCGUCCACCGCACCACGGAGGCCCCGGAGGAGGUCGACCCUGGUGGUGGGGACCACCGUUCGGACAUCGUACGACCACCGUCGCUUCAACGACAGUAGAGGCGUCGUCAACGACGGAAGCCGACUCAACUACAACGGCCGCAACCGAGGCUGCUUCAACCACUGAAGAGGCAACAACUACGGAAGAGGCGACAACUACGGAGGAGGUCACCACUACGGAAGAGGCAACGACUACGGAAGAGGCAACGACUACGGAGGAAGCAACGACUACGGAGGAAGCAACAACUACUGAAGAGGCAACGACUACUGAGGAGGUAACGACCACGGAAGAGGCGACCACUACAGAGGAGUCGUCUUCCACAACAACCGGAUAGAAAUUACUUUGAAGAACACACCGAAAGUCAAGCAUGGUCCUUUCGAAACAAACCAUUUAAUAAAUAUCCACGAAUAUC